UUUGAAAACAAUAUUAGUUUAAAAAUAAAAAAUUAUGACUGAUGAAAAUUCAUGCAAAAGUGUAUGGAAUAAAGUUCUAAAUACUGGAAUUAUUUGGAUUUCUUCACAAAAGAAAUCUGCAUGUCCUCCUUAUAUGAAAAAGAAAAAAAUCGAAGAAGAACCCAAAAAUGAUUUAAAACCGUCCGACGAAGAUAAAAAAUUUGAUUCCACAAAGAAAUUCGAAUAUAAAAGUCCUACUGAUUUCUGUUCUCCAAUUAAAUCUUGUUGUUAUAUUAAAAUGCAGGAUCCUUGUAGAGCAUGUUGUUGUGAAGAAAAACCAAAGCCACCACCUCCUUGUCCACCUAAAUGCGGUCCGCAAGUACCACGCGAACCAGUGUGUGGUUGUGAUCUUUGUCAAAAACAUCCCGGUCAUGAAAAAUGUUGCGACAAGAAUAGAGCAUUUCGCGGUAUAGAUAUUCAUCGUGAAUAUUUCGAAAAGGCAUAA